AUGGAGGGAACCAGGCAAACCAGGAUCUGUCGUCCGCACAAGAUAAGUGAAUCCUCAAAGGUGUACAGGUGGGAUGACCACUCCAGUGUAGUUCUUCAGAGCCUGAAUGAGCAGAGGCACCGAGGCCUCUUCUGUGACAUUGUCCUCGUGGUGGAUGAGCAGAGAGUCCCUGCCCAUCGCAACCUCCUCGCUGUUUGCAGUGACUACUUCAACUCUAUGUUCACCAUUGGUAUGCGAGAAGCCCACCAAAAGGAGGUUGAACUUUUUGGAGCCUCUUAUAUUGGCCUUAAGGCUGUAGUGGAUUUCCUUUAUGGCAGUGAGCUGUCUUUAGAUGGAGGCAAUAUCGACUAUGUGCUUGAGACAGCUCACCUGCUGCAGAUCUGGAAGGUGGUUGACUUCUGUUGCGAGUAUCUGGAGAAUGAAGUCAGUGAGGAGAACUAUUUGUACCUGCAGGAGCUAGCCUCAAUUUACAACCUGAAGCGCCUUGACUCCUACAUUGAUUCUUUCAUCUUGCAGAACUUCGGCACGCUGUCUUUCACCCCGGACUUCCUGCAGAACAUUUCCAUGCAGAAGUUGUGCCAAUACCUGGACAGCAGCAACGUGCAGCAGGAGUGCGAGCACGACUUGCUUCAGGCUGCCUUGCAGUGGCUUACCCAGUACCCGGAAAGGGAGAACGAGGCUUACCAGGUUCUGGAUAACAUUCAUUUUCCCUUGAUACCUAAAAGUGAUCUCCUCCAUCGAGUGAAGCCUGCUGUCUGCUCUCUUCUUCCCAAAGAAGCGAACUGUGAAGGGUUCAUAGAGGAAGCGGUGACCUACCAUAACAAUGUCACGGCUCAGCCGGUGCUGCAAAACAAACGGACAGCCCUACGGACCUGUGAGGAGAGGCUCCUCUUUGUGGGUGGGGAGGUUUCUGAGCGGUGCCUGGAACUGAGUGAUGACACCUGCUUCUUGGACGUCCAAAAGGGGCAGUGGGUAGCAGAAACCCCUCUCCCAGCCAGACGAAGUCACCACUGUGUUGCCGUCUUAGGAGGCUUCAUCUUCAUAGCCGGAGGCAGCUUUUCAAGAGACAAUGGAGGGGAUGCAGCUUCAAAUCUCCUAUAUAGGUAUGAUCCCCGCUGUAACCAGUGGAUAAAGGUUGCCUCCAUGAGACAACGCCGUGUAGAUUUCUACCUGGGAGCUAUUACUGACAUGCUGGUAGCUGUUGGUGGCAGGAAUGAAAAUGGGGCACUUUCUUCAGUUGAGACCUACAGUCCUCAGAAGGAUUCAUGGUCCUAUAUAGCAGGCUUGCCAAGGUUUACCUAUGGCCAUGCUGGAACAGUCUACAAGGAAUUUGUGUACAUUUCAGGAGGCCACGAUUACCAGAUUGGCCCCUAUAGAAAAAACCUGCUGUGUUACGAUUACCGCACAGAUGUUUGGGAGGAGAAGAGGCCGAUGAUCACUGCCCGAGGGUGGCACAGCAUGUGCACCUUACAGGACAAUAUCUACUCCAUUGGAGGCAGCGAUGACAACAUAGAAACCAUGGCGCGUUUUGACAUUCUGAGUGUGGAGUCAUACAGCCCCCAGUGUAACCAGUGGACCAGAGUUGUUCCUCUGUUGCAAGCAAACAGUGAGUCAGGGGUGGCAGUCUGGGAAGGCAAGAUAUAUAUCCUUGGAGGCUACAGCUGGGAAGAAACGGUCUUCUCCAAAACAGUCCAGGUUUAUGAUAAGGAGAAAAAUAAGUGGUACAAAGGAACUGACUUACCCAAAGCAAUUGCUGGUGUGUCUGCAUGUGUCUGUGCAUUGAAACCCAAAACAGAGGACAAAAAGAAAAAGACGAAAACAAAAAAACAUCAAGAUCGAGGAAGAUGACUACUUCUGGCUAACCACCCUUGGAUGGUGGGCUCCGAAAGGACCUUGUGUUUAGUCAUUUCUAUCUAACCCUGAUUCUUUCUUUUUCUUUUUAAAUGGGGGGUGGAGGCAUCUUCUCAAGCCUCUGAAAAUGUUUAGUUGAAUGUGGGGUUUGGAUUAAGCUCAUGUUUAAGGU